AUGCCACCAUUCAUUCCCCCAUCGGAGAACUUCCCCAGCAUCCUUAAAGGCAAACGAAUUCUCCUUACCACUGAAUCCCUUGGUCCAGUCAACGGCGUCAGUCGCACAACCGGCAAACUAAUCGAGUAUCUGCGUCGCAAUGGCGUCGAAUUGGCCGUUGUGGCACCACAACUCACAUCCUCACCAUCACAACAACAAGACACAAUAGACACCACAAUCCGCCUCCCCGGCUACCCCCUCCCCUACAAUCCGGAUCUAACCCUCGUCUACCCCUACAACCUCACCACCACAAUCUACCCCCAAACCUUCACCCCCGACCUAAUCUACAUCGCCAGCCCAGCCAGUCUGGGCUUCCAACUCCUCCUGCAACUCCGCCAACUACACUCUCCCCCACCAACGCUUCUAAACUACCAGACCGACCUGUCCUCCUACAGCUCAAUCAUCUUCCCCAAGCCCCUCUCCACCUUCGCCGUCUGGCUCCUCUCCCUUGUGGAAGGAUAUCUCUUCCGCACUCCUUGCAUCCACACUAUCUUCUACCCGUGCAGUGAUGUCCUAACCUACUUGAAAUCCACCAAUACUCCUAUGCACAAAACCCAUCGAUUAGGGAGAGGAGUCGAUACGUCUCUUUUUAAUCCAUCCCGCCGGUCUCAGUCCUUACGGGAUACAUUAGCUCCGAACGGCGAAGCUAUUCUUCUAACAGUUUGUCGGAUCGCGCCUGAGAAGGGGUUUGAGUUCCUCGCUGAGGCUGUCACACACCUUCUCUCUAGUACUAAAAUCCCCUUCAAGCUGGUAAUAGUCGGCGGGAACGCCAACCCCGCUGUGACCGCACGCAUUCAGUCCCUCUUCCACCACAUCUCAUCACACGUCAUCUUCCUUGGCUUCAAAACCGGCGAAGAGUUAGCGAGAAUCUACGCCUCAGCGGACAUAUUCCUGCACUGCUCUAUCACAGAGACGUUCGGGCUGGUCGUGCUGGAGGCUAUGGCGAGCGGGUUGCCAGUCAUCGCAAGGGAUCAAGGUGGUCCGUCGGAUAUUGUGAGGAAUCAGGAGACGGGGUAUCUGGUUCCGGUGGCGGAGGGGGAAGUGGGCGUGUUCAGUGGGCUUGUGGGUGAGGUUUUGAGGGAUGGGAGGUUGAGGGGGCGUUUGGGGAAAGGGGCCAGGUUGUUUGCGGAGGAUAUGACCUGGGAGAGGAUUAAUCGGAGGGUGGUGGGGAGGAUGGCGGAUGCGAUUGUAGAGAGGGGAAAUGGGGAAGGGGAUGAGGAGAGGGCAUUGUUGGGGGGGAAUAGAGGGGAGGCGUCAUUUGGGGAGAGGGUCAGGGUGGGGGUUGCUGUUGCGGUGGUGUAUUUGAUGUGGAUGGUGGCUGUUGUGCCGUUGAUUGUGCAUGGGUCGAGGAUUGUGCCCAGGAUGGUGCGGAGGGUGCCGCUGUUGGGAAGGUGGGUUGGUCGGAGUACUUCUGCUGCCGCUGUUUAUACGUAG